UAUGCUCCCAAGCGGCUAUAUAAAAGCAAAAUAGUUUAGCGUCCUAUCAUUUGGUGCUCACAGUCUCGCGCAGUCAUCUUUCGACGGGGUUCACAAUGAAGCCACCACAAGCAGAGUUAUGUGUUGUACUACUACUGUUGGUGUCCUCAGCUUACGGUCAGGAAGUGGAAGUGGUUGAACAGGAACAGAACAUCGAUCCGGACGGAUCAUACAACUAUCGGUAUCGGUUAAGCGAUGGAACGGAGGCUCAAGAACAAGGCCAAGGAGGAGUUUCGGCCACGGGAGGAUACAGUUACACAUCGCCCGAGGGGGAAGUGAUCCGAAUAACCUACACUGCCGACGAAAAUGGAUACAAUCCGCAAGGCGACGCCAUUCCUCAACCGCCACCCAUACCGGAAGCGAUUCUACGAGCGUUGGAGUACAUCCGGACACAUGCGCGGCCCGAACAGUGAACACCAUUUUAGUGCAAUGAUCUGAUGGAUUGUAACGUUGUUGUUUGGUUCAAAUUGUUAUGUUGUAUAGUUGAUAAUGUUGUGAUAAAGAGCGGCUGAAUAAAUAACAUGUGUAUGGAACAUAAA